GAAGGCUUAAAGCCAGGUGGCAGCCUUCGGGCUGGGCAGUCAGAGACAGCAGCAGCAGCAGAGCAGAGCCACCUGACCAGACCCAGGACUUCACCCUCAACCUGCAGAAAGUCAUUUGCCAGCCCAGUGCGAUCCACCAACUGAGAGGAGGCCUUUCCACCUCAGCCAUGCCGCAUGACCAUCCCUUUGCUGCAGGAGGCCCCGAGGAAGCCCCCAUCAUGCAGGUCCGUGAGGAAGCCCACUGGCCUUUCGCGCCGGCAGCGGAACGGAGCCAGGAGCAGGUCAUUGCGGGCGUCUUGAAGGAGCCCGGCCAGGAGAAGCUGAGCAUCCGGCAGGCCAUGCAGAGGGGCCUCCUGACUCACGGGACAGGCUUGGCUCUCCUGGAACACCAGGCCGCCUCGGGCUACAUCAUGGACCUGGCAAGCAACCGGAUGCUCUCCGUGAGGGAUGCCAAGAACGCUGGCCUGCUGGACCGAGAACAUCUCAACACGCUCCUCAUCGCGGAGAAGGCCGUGACCGGCUACACAGACCCCUUCUCGGGGAACAAGAUCUCCCUCUUCCAGGCCAUGAGGAAGGGCCUCAUCAUCAAAGACCACGGCAUCCGCCUGCUGGAGGCACAGGUGGCCACGGGGGGACUCAUCCACCCCAUGCACAGCCACCGACUCCCCCCGGAAGUAGCCUACAAGUGGGGCUACUUGGAUGCAGAGCUCUUCCACUGGAUCUCAGACCCGGCCAACCACACCAAGAGAUGCUUUGACCCGAAUGCCCGUGAGAACCUCACAUACCUGCAGCUCCUCCCCAGGUGUGUCUUGGAUCCUGACACCGGCCUGCUGCUGUUUCAGGUGGUGGACAAGGGGUCUGUGCAUCUGGACGAGAGCUUGCGGGAGUGCUUAAAGUCUGCCACCACCCAAGUCCACGUGGGGAUCUUCCAGGGCCAAGAGGUCUCUGCCUGGGACCUCCUCUUCUCCAGUUACGUCCCUCACUCGAAGAGGCAGGAGCUCCUGAGACAGUACAAAGCGGGCACCCUCACCGCCCAGGAGGUCAUCCAGAUCCUUACCAGCAUCAUCACCGAAACAGAGGGAUACGAGGAAAGGCCCAUUCACGGAAUGACUUUGCGAGAGGGGGACAGAAGCCAACCCUCAUCCGAGCGGGAACUGACGGAGAACCCCCUCAAGUCCAGGAUGGUCCACGUUUCCGCUGGUGAGUUUCGUGGACAAAAGGUCUCCGUCUGGGAGGUGCUCCAUUCCAAGUGCAUCCCGAAAGGGAAGAGGAAAGAACUCCUGAAACUCUACAGGGAAGGCAUACUCACCCUCGACCAGAUGGAGACCGUGGUCACGGCCAUUGUGGCCAAAACAGAGGAGGAGGGGAGAGCCAAAGGUUUGGGCCGCGGAACCGGCAGGGACCCGGAGGAAGAGAACAGGAGGGAAGCGCAGCUGGAGCUGUCCUUGCAGAAGAUACACGUCCCCGUGAGGUCUGGGGAGCUCAAAGGGCAAAAUGUCCCCGUGCCAGACCUCCUCUUUUCUAAACAUUUCCCUAGGGGGAAAAGGCAGCAGCUGCUGGAGCUCUACAAAACAGGAGUACUCAGCCCUGGGCAAAUGGCAGCCGCUGUUGGCGGCACCUGGGAAAAAGUGGAAGCCGGACGGAAGUCCUUCCUGGUGAGGAUGAAGCCGCGCCGGAGCCCGGAGGCCCCACGGACCACGAAGGAGGCCAGAGCUGCCGACGCCUCACUGACCCCCCACUGCUCGGACGAGCUCCUGAAGGCCAAAAGGGUCACCCUGCCGGCAGGAGAGUUCCAGGGCCAGCAGCUGUCUGUGUGGGACCUCCUCUUCUCCCAGUACAUCACCAGAGACAAAGGGGAAGAACUCCUGAGGAAGUACAGGGAGGGCAGGUACACGGUGGAGGAGCUGGCCUCCAUGCUCACCAUCCUGGCUUCCCUGCACGACCUUUUCUACUCUCUGGAGCAAACCCCGGCCGGAAGCAGCAGGCGUCCCACAGGGCAAGGUAGGCCCAGCCCUCUCGCAGCAUCACUUGAGGAAAACCAGGAGGAGGAGGAGGAGGAGGAAGAGAAGGAGGGCGCUAGUGCUAGCGACGAUGACAAGGACGAUGACGAAGACAAAGCGAAGGAUGAGGUCUUGAAGACCAGGAUGGUUGAGGUGCCCGUGGGCAAGUACCGUGGGCGGAAGGUCUCGGUGUGGGACCUGCUGCAUUCCAAGUACUUCCCAGAGAAGAAGCGGAAAGAGGUCCUGAAGCUGUACCGAAUCGGGAUCCUCACCGCGGACCAAGUGGCGACGGUGGCGACUGCCAUCGUCACCAAGUUGGGAGAGGAAAAAGCCGCGGGAGGGAGGCACGCGAGCACCUCCUGCCGGAGGGAGAAGCCCCGCGAGACAGCCUGGGAGAGGCCCCCGACCUUCGACUUCCCCGUGGGCGAGUUCCACGGCCAGCGGGUCUGCAUGUGGGACCUGCUCUUUUCCGCUUCCAUCCCUGAAGCCAAGAGGCAGGAGCUGCUGACCAGGUACAUGACCGGCCUGCUCAGCGGCCAGGAGAUGGUCGCCAUCCUCACGGCCCUCGUCACAGAAGCGCACAAGACGAGGAGCACACCGAACGUCCCACAGGCCCUGGGAUUCCUGCACCCCGAAGCGCCCGCUGCGCUCUUCGGCUUGCCCGGGACCCCGGGGCCUUCCAUGCAUGACCUCUUCUCUCCUCAGGAGCAGGAAGGACACACGGCUGGGCGGGUAAUGGUCAGUGAGGUGACCGUCACCACCACAGUCCUUCAGGCCCCAGAGCAGAAACAGGCAUAGCCCCCCCCCCAGUGGGCUCUUCCUGGGGCAGAGCUUUGAGGGAUGCAAGCAGUGCCCCCCCCUGUGGCGGGUGGGUGGGGAGGCCGUGCAGGGACAGGAAGGCCAAGUGGAGGGGGAAGGGGAAGGGGUGGCUGGACCCCUGGGCUGCCCUGAGGGCAUAAGAUCCAUGUGGGCAGUGGAGGGGGUUGGGGGGAGGGAGGGGAAGGGGCUUCAGCCGUUGAGAAAAGGGGCUGAGGCUCAACACACACACACACAUAUGGGGUCUGGGUGGGAAGGAGUGGUCUUGCCAUUCGGCCUCUCCCCUCCAGUCCCAUCCACAGUGUGUGUCUGUGUGUGUGUGUGUGUGUGUGUGUGUCUGUGUCUUAGUCCUCUGAGCACGACCCAGGCCAAGGGAACAUCCACCCCCCCCUGUGGCCCGCCGGCCGGCGUGUACCCACGGGUGGACCCACCCCACCCCCGCUCCUCUGGCCAGGUGGAGGGGGCUGUGGGUGCGGCCCCGGUCAGCCCAGCACGAGGCUCCCUGCUUUCCCCUCCCCGGCCUUUGACCCAGGAGUGCGGGAGGGCCUUCCAGGUAAACGACCCGCUGACUGGCAGUCCUGGCUGGCAGAGUCGCCCCCCUGCCCAGCCCCUGCCCAGCCCCAGCUGGCGCGGGGAAUGGGAAGGAAGAGCGCGGGGGGCUGAGGACCAGAAGCCGGCGGCGUCCUCGUGGUCCCCCCAGGCAGAAGGCAGAAGGAGCUGCCAGAAGAGGCGGGGGAGGCACCCCUCUUUGCCCCCCCGGGGCCUGCCCCCUCUGCUUGCCUGGGGGGUCCCCUGCCCCAAGGGCAACAAGGAAGGUGGCGGCGGUGGCGAGGGCCGGCCUGGCGGUGGAGAGGGGCGGACGGGGGCAGCUCGCGGCCGC